AUGGCGGCCACAGCAGCAGCAGGCUGCAAGCACCACCUCCUCCGUCCGCUACCUUCGCCCGCCGCGGCGGCUCGUCUAACUCCCCCGAGAACGGCAGUGACGCUGUCUGCAGCGCGUGGCGCAUCCAAGCUUCCCGCCGUCCGCGGAACCGCCGCGCCAUCCGCGGGGAAGCAGCAAUCGCCGCCGGCAACUUCGGGGCCGGCGGCUCAGUCGCACUUCAGUUCCGAGCCAGCGCAACACGCGGCGAUGUCGCACGGCGCCCGCGGGAGCAAGGACACUGCGAUACGCGCGACGCCGUCGUUAUCCGUCAUCGAGCUUGACGUCACUUCCCCCGACGUAAACGGUAACGGAGCCGUUAACAAAGCUUCUACCUCCGUCAAUUCGUCGAAUCAACAGCUGGAGCUGGAAAUCCUGCCUUCGUUCGUGCCGCAAGAGCUCACAGCCGCAGCAGACAUCUCAGAAGCCUUUCUCUCUCCGGAAUCCUCCGCACUUCUGUCGCUGCCGGUACUCGAACCCGCGACCUCUCCGCAACGGCAAGAGCCCGAGGCGGAGGCGGCGGAGGAACGCGGAAACAACAGGAGCAGCGCUGAAGUAGCGGAUGAUGCGGGAAAACAAAAGGAGGACGAAAGCUGGGGCAGGCUGAUGGCGCAGGCUGGGUACUCGAAGCGCAUGGAGGCAAUCGGCGAUCAGUUCUUUGAAUCGGACUUGCGGCCUGUCGUCCUCUUCGAUGGCGUGUGCAACCUGUGUAACAAGUGGGUCAACUUUCUUCUCGACUAUGACCCCCACGGCAACCUGCGCUUCGCCUCGCUGCAGGGCGACUCGGGGAAGGCCCUUCUCCGCCGCGCUGGUCGCGACGAGAACGACCACUCGGACAUUGUUCUUGUUGCACACAACAGGGCCUAUUUCGGCUCCGAUGCAAUCCUCCAGAUCUUCUCCCGGCUGAAGCCACCUUUCCCUCUGCUGGCUGCUGCGGGCCACAUCACGCCCCACGCUCUCCACGAAUUCAUCUACAAGAACGUUUCUGAAAGCCGGUACACGCUCUUUGGCAAGGCCGAUGCGUGCAGGCUGUUUGACCCCCGCUUCGGCCCGGACCUCAUUCACAGAGUCCGCGAGCUCAACAAGCUUCCCCAUCAUGCUCGUAAACUUCUCGCCGUGAAAGCGACUGUUGCUGACGUGGACGAUAACGUUGCGGACGUCGACGGCAGUAAUACUGACGCAUCGAGCGCUGAAAGCGCGCCUGCUGAGGAUGGACUCGAAGCAGAUAAGCCCGAAUCGGCCUCCGCGUCCGAGAAACUCGAGGUGACUAUGGAGGAUGUGCUUAUAUCGGAUGACGCGUCCUCGUCAAAAGACGAUGAUCAGAUGGACGACCAGGAUUCUCAAGACGGAAACACCCAACCCAGGGAGUCUUCACCCGCUGAAAAAGUAGCCGCCGAAGACGCUUCCAGCAAGACGGACGGCUCCGCUCCGGAUGACGCGGAACAGCAGAUUGUUAACGAGCUCAUUGGAGGCGACUUGGGCUAUGGCCCGGAAAUUCAAGCCUUUGAUGACGUCACGGAGCCAGACGACGGGAUCGCGGAAGACGCGGACGAUGGGGCGGAGUAUGCGGAGGAGGAUGCGGAGGAGGGUUCGGAAGACGAUACGGAGGACUUCUCGUCUGGAGUGAUGUCGGAUCUUGGGAUUACAAAAGACGACGUUGAUGAGGAUGACGAUGUGGAAUGGGAAGAAGAUAUCGAUUUCCUGGUGAAACCCGACGAGGAAGCCGUUUCGGAGAAGGAUGAGCGCCGUGCUGGAGCGACAGGGGAGGCUGCGGGGGGGUUGGCGGAAGGGGAGGGAGUGGGGGAAGGUGGGGAAUUGGCGGAAGGAGCAACUGGGCCAGUCGCGGUAUUGGAGCAGGCGGAAGCGGGAGGGUUGAGUAUUGCAGCAACGGACGACAUCAAUAAGGGGCCUGAGCCGCAGGUGUUUGACGAUGUUAACGAGCCUGAGGCUAAUAACGCGGAUAGGAUCCAAACGGCUACAGUAGCAGACGGGAACACCAACGGCCCUAACGUGGAAGUUUUGGAAGAAAGAAAGGAGGAGGCGAGCAGUGCGAGUGACAAUAAAGUGGGUGGCAUUGACGAGGGUUUGAAGGAUAUCAUUGCCUUUGAUGCUAAAACUAUCAGAAACCCCAUCAGCAUGGUGCUGGAGGAAGAUAUAGAGUCUGCUAAUAAAGGGACCGAGGAAAUUUUAGAGAUUGAGGGGGAAGGGAAGGAGGAGGGUGAUGAGAUGGAGGGGCACAGGAGGGUGCUGUGGAUGCUGGAGAAUGGAAUGGAAACGGAGAUGGAGGAGGCUUGA